AUGAUACCGGGGAGGAAGCACGCAUGUCUCAUGUUUCACGGUUAUACCUUCAAAAGAUACCAGCUCCUCGCGAACGGUCAAGUGAGGUGGAGGUGUUCCAAGUGGCAUUCCGGGUGCAGAGUGUCUGUGAAAACUAAUACCAUAGAUCCAAGAGAUGGCAUCGUUUUGAUUGAAAAUCUACAUAAUCACGAAAGGCCCAAACUAAUUCGAAAUAAAAUCACGUACUUAUCGACUGGAAAAAAAUAUCCAUUAUUGGUCUGCAACGAAUAUGUUUACAAGCGUAUAAGAGUGAACCGUCAUACGGGACACAUUUUUUGGAGAUGCGUGAUGAUACACAAAGGUUGCAGAGCGUAUUGUCUCGCGAGCGAUGAUGAAAUUGUAUGCAAAAAUUCUCACAACCACGAUGCCCCAAAGUUUAGAACAAGUACAGGUCGAUGGAUCAUGCCAUAG